CACCACUUCCGCCGCAGGUGACUUGGACACUUGCAGGUGCGUGGUGGGAGAAGUAUAAGUUCGGUCCCAUGACACUGAGGUAUUAAGUGCAGCAGCCGUCAUCAGCUGAACUGUACAUAACAAAUCAACCUCAAGAUAAGAUCUGGAAAAAACUGACACAGCUGCCAUGAUGACCAUGGCCGAACCCACUACUAUCAGAACCUCGCUCGGCGGCAUCGCCAAACUCAUCGACCACUCGCUGCUGCACCCGACCAUGACCGACGCCGAGAUCGAAGCGGGCCUGCAAGUCGCCAGACAGCACAACGUCGCCGCGGCGUGUGUCAAGCCUUACAGCGUCCCGGUGGCCCGCCGCAUCCUCGCCGGCACCGACGUGCUCGUCUGCGCCGUCAUCGGCUUCCCGCACGGCAACUCGACCACAACGACCAAGGUGGCCGAGGCCCGCGAGGCGGUGCUGGCGGGUGCCCACGAGAUUGACAUGGUGGUCAACGUCGGCAAAGUCCUGGGCGGCGAUUGGGAGUACGUGCGCAGCGAGAUUAGCACCAUCAACGACUGCGUCACGAGCACCCCGGUCAACGGCGGAGGCGACGGUAAUGAUGACGGCCAGACGGCCAUUCUCAAGGUCAUCUUUGAGAAUGACUUCUUGGAGGAGCAGCAGAUUGCGCUGCUCUGCCGGAUAUGCACCGAGAUAGGCGUGGCAUACGUCAAGACGUCGACGGGGUAUGGGUUUGUGAAGCAGCCCGGCGGCGACGGCAACACCUACUCGUAUCAGGGGGCAACGGUGCCGCAUCUGAAGCUGAUGAGGGCGAGCUGCGGGCCGGACGUGAAGAUCAAGGCUGCCGGUGGGGUACGGACGCUUGAUGACCUUCUCCGCGUCAUGGCGCUGGGUGUGUCGAGAGUCGGGGCCACGGUGACGGUCGCGAUUCUGGAAGAGGCCAAGCAUAGGGGCAUGACUGAUGAGCCGACCGAGUUCAGUUGGAAGUAGGAGCAUUUGAGGGUAAACAUCUGGUAUGACUAGUUAUAAUCGAUUGUCUAUUUAUUGCAUCCAGUCUUGGCUGAUGGAGGCGCUAGGAUUAACAUACAGAAGGUUAACCCGACCUCCGGCCUUGGUACCGAUAAUAUUGACUUACCGGCCCCGUACAUUUUGAUG